GAGAUCCCAUGCCUGAUAUCCCGUUGCGGUAGUCGCUCUUUCCUCUUCUCUCGAACACUCUCGCAGCGGUUCAUGGCGUCUCCCUUCUCUCGAAGGCUGCUCCUCCGACGCCUAUUAACAACAGCACGAUCUCGGUCUCACUCUCUUCUCUUGUCCUCCUCCUCCAAUUGCCCUCGCCGAUGCUCUCCUCUUCUCGAAACUUCCGUAGCUCUCAAUCUCGGCCGCGAUGACGGUUUCCUCUUCCCCUCGAGGGCUACCAUGCCUCUCAGAUUGCCAUCCGUUUCUAGGGUUUUCUUCUCGACUCGAACCUCGGAGCUUGACGAAGCGCAGGGACCGGCUGUCAUAGAUUAUCGGUCUCUUCUGUCAGAGGAUGAGUUUCAUAGGUUGGCAGAUGCUACGAUACAUGAUUUGCAAGAAAAAUUUGAGGAGUAUGGUGAUUCUGUCCAAAUAGAUGGUUAUGAUAUAGACUAUGGGAAUCAGGUUUUGACAUUGAAGCUUGGAUGUUUGGGCACAUAUGUCAUAAACAAGCAAACACCAAACAGACAAAUCUGGUUGUCUUCACCAGUAAGUGGCCCAGCAAGGUUUGAUUGGGAUGUGGCAACUAAUUCGUGGAUGUAUAGGCGGACAAAAGUGAAUCUUUUGCAGGUGCUAGAAGAAGAAUUGGAGCAGCUAUGUGGUAAACCCAUUGAUCUUUCUUGACUCGACGAUAUUUACUCUGAAGACGGAGCAUAAAUGCAAUCGACUUUUCUUGCAGUAGACGGGAGCUUGUAAAACAUAAAAAGGCCUCAACCUUUUUGAGUUGAGCAAUUUUAUUUUUAAGGUUCAACUUGUCAGUCGAGUAUAUAUUGACAUGGUCAGCCGUCUGCAUCGUUAUCAUUUGGCAGCAAACAAGUUGUUAGCUAUCAUACUUGGGAGUAGGAAGCUAUUGUGCAGCAGUACUUUAAAUGAGGAUGUGAAAACUAAUUCUGGAUUUUUGUUCAUCCAAUGCUCUAAGGUCCAACUAGCUUGAUAUUGA